AUGGCCGACGUGAGGGAUUCUGUUGAAGGAAACGUCUCUGGAGACGAGGAAGACGUGGACAAGCAAGGACUUCGGGCCACAGAACACGAUCUGGAGCAAGCCAAUUCCAAGGCUGUCUUUAACUCGAAGAAAGCACUGUGGGGAUUCUUGGUGCUAUGCUAUUCGACUGGCCCAACAUCUUCCAUGGUUUCGAAUUAUGUGACUGCGGCCAUCCUCUCGGCAGCCAAUCUCCUGGGCCACCAGGCCGGAUCUAACAAGCCAUGCUCACGCCGUGGAACAAACAUCAGUUGUCUAGUGGAAUUCGGUGGAGGGGAGAUCGACUAUAACAGCUAUACAUUGUACCUUCGAGCAAUCAGUCGCGCCAUGGAAGGCAUAGUAUCGAUUCUCACGGCCGGCUUAGCAGACUAUGCCAACUACCGCAAGACGAUGAUGAUGACCUCGAUAUUUCUGUUCGGGGCAUUAGCCUUGCCUUUUGCAGGACUCACGGGUCAGAGUUAUAGCCAUCUGACCGCCUUGUCUGUGCUAUAUUGCUUCUUAACGACGGUCGGAGGUGUCUAUACUGUGAUCGAGGGGUCAUACAUUCCGAUCUUUAUGAGAUCGACGGGCUGGUUCCGUGACUCCCUUGUAGCGGCAAGCCAGGACGAGAGAGCGACGUGGAACAAAGGAGUCUCUAUUAGUGUUCUGGCUUUGGUUUCGGGCAAUGUCGGUGGCUUGACUGCCCUGAUCAUCGGUGUCAUUCUUGUGUAUGGGCGGGGGUCUUAUGUGCAGGUUGGGUACUUCAACUACGUUCUAGCCAUCACAAUUGCGGGCUGCAUCACAAUCCUGUUUGCAUUCCUUGGCCAGUACCUUCUCCCAUCAGUGCCCGGCAAAAAGCUCGACCGCACGAAAAACAAAUUCCCUCUGCUGAUCGCCUUCAAAAACUGGCUGAAACUGCUGAAAAGCGUAACGCACUAUUCGGAAGCAUUCAAAUUCUGCAUCGGUUGGGUUCUAUGGAACACCGGCUAUUCCAACCACCUGCAGCUCAUCGGCGCGCUCUUCCUCCAGGUCACUGGAUUUUCCCGCAGUUCCGGGGUAUACUCGGUCUGGUCCUUUACCAGCGUGAUCUUUGCCUGCACAGGCAGCUUGAGCUUCAUGUAUCUCCACCGGCGACUUCGGCUCCCCGUGAAAUCAUACGCAUAUGCCUUCCUCGUGGUGAAUAUCCUAUGUGUGCUGUGGGGCUGCAUCGGAAUCAGCAACCAUGUUACAAUUGGUUAUAAGCACCAGGUCGAGUUCUGGGUUGAGCAGGUCCUGUUCAUGUCGACUAGUAGUGCGCUUCGGGCGUAUAACCGUGCAAUCUACUCUUCCAUGAUUCCGGAGAACUCGGAAGCGCAGUUUUUCGGUCUGGAGAUCACUUUGGAUCUCGCGACUGGGUGGGUCAAUCCUCUGGUAAUGGGUAUUAUCCAGGAUCGGACGCAUAAUUUGCGCUUUCCGAUGAUUCCGAACUUGUUUCUGAUGCUUGUUGGACUUGGUCUUUACUCGCAGGUGGAUAUUGGCAAGGGGAUCCAGCAGGCAAAGGUACCGUUGGUACAGUAG